AUGAAUAAUUAAAACCAACACACAAUAAAGGUUGGCAAGUCAAAUGUCGAAGGUGGCUGCGAAGUCCUGUACGCUAAGCUCUUGAAGCAGUCUAAGUCUGAUAUUGCCCUUGUAGUUUUCUUGAGUGUAAUUACUUGUGGUGUCUUUCUUCUCUUGCUAAAAUGGUCCUUCCGCUUAAGAAGAAAAUUCCUUUAUAAAAACUGCUCAAGUGUAGCUGAAAGCACUCAUGUAUUAGUAAGAAAUGAAGACGGUGUAGUUUCUAUCCAAAAAAGAGAAUCUUUCCAAAUAAGAAAUCAAACCACUUAAUAAUUAGAAAAUUGGGUUUGCUUCAAAAAUCGUAAACUUGUUUAUGUCCUCCGUAACUCAUAGGAAGGCACUUAAGAGUUCAGAGCAGUAGAAUUUCCAAUCUGCGAAAUUCCUUUCUCUUAACUCUCCAAGCGCGAAUUUUUGACUGCAGAGUAAGUAAUUGAACAUAGAGAAGAAUAUGGUAUUUGCGAAAAAACUAUUGAAAUCCCUUCUUUGUUCGGUUUCCUUGCUCAUGAAAUGACCUCUCCCUUUUACUUCUUGUAAUAUGCUAGUGUUAUAAUUUGGCUCUUAUAAAACUACGUCUAAUUUGCAGUCAUUAUUAUUAGCGUAUAAUUUGCAAUCACUCUUUUAAAUUAUGCUAUGACAAGAAUGUCCUUAAGAAAAAUCCAAUAACUUGCCAAAAAUAAUUAAACUAUCACAGUUUUUAGAGCUGAUUCAUAGUAAGGCAAGGUGAUCGAUUGCAAAGAACUUGUUGUAGGCGAUAUCAUAGAAUUAAAAGAAAAAAUGGUUAUUCCUUGCGACUGUAUGUUACUUUCUGGAGAACUUCUUAUGAACGAAGUUUCCUUAACUGGUGAAUCUGUUCCCAUUCCUAAAUCACCAAUUGGUUAAGAAGAUGAAUCUUGCUUUGACUAUUCCUCUUCUGAUCAUAAGAAAUUUUACUUAUUUGAUGGUACUACUAUUUUCUAAUCUAAGACUGACGGCUAAGGAAAGGUAUUAGCCAAGGUUAUCAGAGUUGGAUACACUUCUUUCAAGGGAUAAAUUUUGAGAUCCGUUUUAUACCCAAGACCCACAGAAUUUGAUUUCAUCAAAAACUCUAUUCUAUUCUUUGCAGGAUUGAGUGUUGUUAUGUUUAUUAUUUUCUUAGCCAGAGUUCCCAAAAUGGUUGAUUUGGAAAUAGAUGUUAUCAUUUAUUUUUAUAGAUUAUUCGAUACUAUUACAUGGAUUGUUCCUCCUUUCUUACCUAUUUUCUAAUCUCUCAGUCUCACUUUCUCUUUGAUGAGACUUAGAAAUAACAACAUUUUUGGUAUUGAACCUCAAAAGACACUUAUUGCAGGAAAGGUUACUCAUAUGUGUUUCGAUAAGACUGGUACUUUAACAACCAUCGGUAUUGAUGUCAAUGGAUAUUAUGGCUCUAAUUUGACUAAAAUGCUUACUAUUAAGGAUGUUAAGAAAGAAGAAUUUGAAGAUAAUAUUCAUUUCAAAUUAUUUUCUACUUGUCACGGUGCUUACUUGUUGAAUAAUGAAUUAGUUGGAGAUAUGCUUGACAUUGAAAUGCUCAAAUACUCAUAAUACAAGAUUGAAAAUUCUAAAGACGUCUCAAUUAAAUUCACUGCAACAAAGGGUUCUUCUAAGUUAGAAGUUUUGAACAUCUUUGAAUUCGAUUCUGAUGUUUAAAGAAUGUCUUCUAUCGUUCGUGAUACUAAGUAAAAUAAGUGCUAUGCUUUCUUAAAGGGAGCUCCUGAACGUGUUAAGGAAUUAUGUACUGAAGAUUCUAUCCCCGCUAACUUCACAGAACAAUUAAAUAAACUCUCUCUUAAGGGUUUCCGUGUUUUGGGUUUAUCUUACAGAGAAAUUGACUAAUCCAAUGAAGAUGUCUCAACCAUGUAGCGUCAAGAUUUGGAAUAAAAUCUCAGAUUCUUAGGUUUUUUGGUUCUUGAAAAUAAGUUGAAAGAAGACACAGCAGAUGUCAUCAAGCGUUUAAGAGAAGGUGGUGUCUAAUGCAAAAUUAUUUCUGGAGAUAACCCUUUAACUACUCUCCAAACUGGCUCUGAAUGCAAUAUCUUAAAUCCUGAACAAAAGAUAUUCUUCAUCGAUAUGCAAUAACCUGGCUAAAACAUUGUUAUUUCCAAGGUAGAAUCAGAAAAAAUAGAAACACUCUAAAUUCCUAAUGACUAAAAUCCUCUUGAUGUUAUUAAUCAACUUGUCAAGAAUCAAGAAUAAAUAGUUAUUACAGGAAAGAUCAUCGAACACUUUGAGAAUAUGUUAAAACAAAUUAACUAAAACAAUAACAGCAGCAAUGGAAGUAUGUCCGACCACAGAAGCAGUGACAAAAAUACAGAAUAAGGAAAUGAAAAUCAAAACGCCUAACAACUAACCUUGAACGAAGAAGAGAUUGCUUCUCUUCAAUCUGGAGUCAUGAAAGGUUAUCAAAGUUUAGUUAAAUAAGCAAGCGUUUUUUCUAGAAUGCGUCCUGAAUAAAAGAGAAGAAUCAUUGAACUUCUCUAAUUAUAACAUAUUAAAGUCGGUAUGAUCGGUGAUGGUGCUAAUGACUGUGAAUCAAUUAAAUAAGCCGAUGUUGGUAUUUCAUUUAGUUCUUCUGAUGCUGCCUUAACUGCUCCUUUCUCUUCUAAAAGUGAUUCUAUCUCAUGUGUUGAAACUAUUCUUUGUGAUGGUAGAGCUACUAUGGCUAUCAAUGUAGAAAUCUUCCGUUGUAUUGUCAUUUAAAAUAUUCUUAAAUUCGUAGGCUGUAUGGUCAUGCUUGAAGAAGCACAAAACUUCGGUGAUUUCCAAUUUACAUUUUUGAGUUUCCUUUGCGGUAUGCCUUUAUUAGCUUUACUUGCUGCUAGUAAACCUGUUAAAAAAUUAUAACCUGAAAUACCUGAUGAUAAGUUUUACAAGUUACCUAACUGUGUUAGUAUCUACUCAUAGAUUAUUAUAUACUCAGUAGCCAUGAUUAUUUCUGCUCUCUAUCUUAAAGAUUAACCUUGGCACAUUUCUGAUGAAACUCUUGACGUUGUUAAUGGACAAAGAAUUUUCAGAAAGAAGGGUGAAUUAAAUACUGUUGUUUUCUUGAUGAUAGUCAUUUUUUACAUGACUUCUUGUUUCAGUUUUUACAUAUCUAAGCCUUUUAAGUAGCUCUUCAUUUAAAAUUACUUACUAACACUAUUCUGGCUCGCUGAAUUUACCUAUGCAAUAGUUAUGUUUGUCAAGCUUGAUACUUAAAUUCCUACUUUUGACUUUGAUCUUAACCUCUAAGAUGAAUAGAAAGCAAUGAAUAUCAUGCUUAUGAUUACUCUUUUAGCUGGAGCUGGUGCAUGCUUAUUUGAAGACCUUGUUGUCAAAAAGUUUAUUGCUAAAAAUGAAUCUACUGACCAAAGAUUAAAAAUUAUUUAACUCAAGUAAUGA